AUGCAGGCUGCCAUUGGACUGGCCAACGUGGUGGCGAUCUGGACGGGCUUCGGGUCCAUGAUUUUUGACGACGUCGAGGACAUUAACUUCUGGCAUCCCUACAACAGCUGCUUCAACGCCUGGGUCAUGCUUAUCACCACAGGCUCCACCGUGUUGAAUAUCCAGACGGUCAACAGUAAAGUAUUUGUCUUCUUCUGGCUUCCCAUCGGCGUGCUUAUCAUGUUUGUGUUCUUCUGGUGUUUCGGCGUCGGCUGCGUCCAGAGAUUUGACGAGAAGCCCCUGCGCCGGCUGGCCGAAAGCGAAAACCAGCUGCGUUCGAGCUACCGCGCGAUCCGGCGCGACGUGCGCAGUGAUAAGGGGAUGGAGACAGCCAUGCGGACGCGCAUUGAGUCCCUGCAGAGACAUGGCAUGGUUCCGGGAUCCUCCGCUGGCAUGCCUCUAUACCAUGCGUACACCUUCAUUGAUAUCCUGUGCACCGCCAUGCUGGACACUAUUUUGCUGCAUAUCCUGUGGAACCUGGUGCCCUGGCCGCGUUACCUGACAUAUGCCAAGUCUAUUUUGGCCACGGUUACUGGUAAACUGUUCCGCAGUCGGGGCGGACUCCGUCGCCGAAACCAUUUCUUGAUGAGAGCAACUUGGAUGAAGCAGAAAGAGGAGGCUCAGAAGAUGAAGCAGCUCAAGGAGAAGGCCAUGGGCAAGGGUCCCUUGGCCACGGGCGGUAUCAAGAAGUCUGGAAAGAAGUGA